UGUGUGGAGGGAGAUGGGCGGACUUGGAUUUUGGGCCAACGCGAAGGUCUUUGAAUCAUUGUCCACAUGAGCGACUGCAAACCAGACGACAAUGGCUGCCUCUGGUUCUGAUUCUGAAUCUGAUUUUGAAAGAUGAAGGUGAAGAAGAAGAGCCGUAAGUUGUUAUGCGUCGUCUUCCAUGGCUUUUCAGUGUGCUUCUUACUCUGUUCUUCGAUUGCCAGCCAAGCCUAAGUUCGAAUUUGUUGUGAGGAAGAAGCCUGUUGUUCUGUGUUCUUCUUUUCGUAGGACUCAGGCUUCUUACAAUACUCUCGUCUCUGAGGCUGUUAGGAUAUUGGUUCCUCCAGCAAGAUUUGAAGCUUCAAAGCUAAAAGUUGAAUUCAGUAGAGAGGUGAAGAAGUGUGCAGGGAUCAUCCCAAGAACAUACAUACUAUCACACUGUGACUUCACUGCUAAUCUCACCUUAACCAUCUCUGAUGUUAUCAACCUUGAUCAGUUGAGAGGGUGGUACAACAAGGAUGAUGUGGUUGCUGAGUGGAAGAAAGUAAAGGAUGAAAUGUGUCUUCAUGUUCAUUGCUAUGUCAGCGGUCCUAAUUCUUUGCUCGACCUUGCUGCAGAGUUUAGAUACCACAUUUUCUCCAAAGAAUUGCCUCUUGUGCUUGAAUCUGUCCUGUAUGGAGAUUCAAUAUUGUUUGGGGAGAAUCCUGAGCUGCUAGAUGCCUUGGUCAGGGUAUAUUUUCAUUCUAGCUCGCCGAAGUACAAUAGACUCGAAUGCUGGGGGCCACUCAAGGAUGCUGUACUGGGGAGGCAUCAUCAUAUGCAAGGGCUUCUAAGGGGUAGCAAGGACGUGCCCUCUCCUAAAAAGUUGAGUAGCCCAAAAUCAAUCUUUCAAGCUCUCUUUGCCUUCAUUAUCUGUACUGCAUUGCAUAAACUGGUGAACUGAUAAACUGCUUAUCUCUAAGAAACUGCUGUCUUAAUAAGUUUUAUUCUCCAUUUAAUGCAAUUUCUUUGUGGAAGGAGCAAAAGAGUACUCUUGUUCUGUUGAAUGUAUGAAUCACUUUAUUCUUUGACCAAUAAAGGCAUAUUUGUUCCUGCA